AGUACUUUGUAUAUCCAGCCCUCGAAGGAUGGAACUCGUUUAGUGGUCUCGGGGAAAGUGGUUUCUUUUAUGAUCGAAUAAUAGAAAACUAAUCAAUACUGAAGACUUCUGUUUAUCCAAGAUGGCGGGGAUAAGAUGGCAUCGUUUCGUUUGUUUACUUUGGUUAGCUCUUCUGUUUGAUAGAUCAUAUCAACAGUGUGUUGGUCCAGAAGGACCACCAGGUCCUCCUGGCUCCGAGGGCAACCAGGGAUCAGGGACAAACGAUAAUUGGUAUGAUGUAAUGGAAUCUACUAGAAACUGGAGACAGUGUACAUUCAAUUGGGCAGAUGGUCGGGACAGUGGUACCGUCUACACGUGUUCAUUUACUAAGCAAUCUUCAACGUCAUCCUUGUAUGCGGCUUUCAGUGGUACAACACGACUUCAUGGUUGCCAUGGUUGCUGUUGUCGAUGGUACUUGACGUUCAAUGGCGCUGAAUGUAAUUCACCCCAAGUCAUUGACGGAACCGUCUAUAUGGCACAUUACAGUGGUGCCGAUCUUCACCGACAUCGUACAAUAGCAGGAAUAUGUACGAACAUCGCAGCCGGUAGCGUAACGGUCGCCCUGGUGGUGGGAGCAUGCAGUGGAUAUGGGUACCACGACUGUUACACUGGCUGGAAUGCAAUAUCCAGGAUCAUCAUUGAAGAAUUACCUGCCUCUCCUUACAGUUAAACAGCUAGUGAUUAUAAAUUAUACUCUGACAUGUCAAUUUUUUUUUUCAAACAAAACAUCUAUCGGUCCGAGAACACGCAUUUUUUUUUCUGCGAUGUGAAUUUGGAUAGGAAUGACGUCUUAUGGCUUUGUUACGAGUCAAUGUGACUCUUUUUUCGAGUUACUUUGCCUUAUCAUUUAGUCGACUCCAAGUUUAUUAAAAACACUUUUAGGAAUGAAAUAUACACGGAAUUGAUUUGAUUCCCUGCUGACAUUUUUUAUUGGUUAAUUUGAAACUUUCUUAUAAUGAUUUUCAGUACAGAGUAAUAACCACCACCAAAAAACAAAAACAAAAAUAAAACAACCAAGGUAUAUACGAGAUCCAGAUCCAUCCCUAAAAGUGUUUUCUAUAAAAAAAAAAAAUAUUUGAAGAAUAUUUCAAUAGGGUGCCCUUUCAGCAAAAGCUGGUAUUAAAAGGGGCUCUAAAAGCAUAAAAAUAAAACAAGUAUAUACAAAUGAAAAAAAAUGUAAAAAAGUGAUCGUACAGUAUUCUCCACCUUUUUACAUGUUAUUAAUCAUGGUUUAAUCUAGAUUUUGAGAGAAAUUAAAAGUGCAGCAAUAUAUGAUUCUCCCUAACGCCUUUACAAUAUCUGGUAUGCGAAAAAUUUUAUCAUUAAGCACUAUUUGAAUCUAAACUCUUCAAUUAGUUCUUGAAGUAUGAAAGGAUAUCUGCGGAACAUAAAAACGUCCUUUCUGAAAUUUGUGUUUUUAUGAGCUCCUCCAGUGAAGGUAACUUUUGACAAAAUUACAACGAAGUUAUAAAAAUCCUUGUAAUUGCAUUAAUUUUUUUUCGUUGAAUUCAGUUUAGUGUUAAAAAAGGAAAUGUUAAAUCAUCAUUCGACAGGUUACCGGAAUGAAACAUUUUCUACAUGUUGCAUUUACCACUUUGAAUGGUUCGACCCAACAUUUAAAAUGUUGGAUUCAGCUUUCUGCAAGUAUGGAUAUAACAUUUAGAAAAGAUUGUCACUCCUUCAACCUUUCAAAUGUUGAUUUAACACUUCAUUUUUUUAAAUCGUAAUUUCGACACGUACAAAACAAUAAUUUGUACAAUACAAAAAGGUUAACCAUUGCAUAAAAAGUACAUUAAUGACCUUCUGGAAAAAAAAAGUCAAGACAGCAGUAAUAUACAUCGUUAUCAUAGUAUUACGUUAAGGACUUGUCAUCAUGGUUAUGUUUAGAUUUAGAUUUAUUUAUUUCCGUUCAACAAAAUAAACAAAAAUAAUCGAAGUAACAGUACAUAUUCAAAAUAAUACAGACAGUUCAAUGCCAUUUGAUAACAAAUGUUAAAGAUAAAUUAACUGAACGGAGGGACUAUUUUGUUGUUUAUAUUGAAACAUAUAUGUAAAUAUUGUUAAUUGUCAUAUUCUGCCAAAUAAAGUUAUCCUUCAAAAUAUGA